AUGAAGAAUACUUUGUGGACGUCCCUGUUGGAAGAUGAUGAAGACAAAAUCUCGACCGUGGUUUCAUCAGCCAGAAAAGGGCCACAACUACGCCAUGUUGACGUAGCAAAGCCCCCAAAGACUUUAACACGUAUGAACGAGGCUCAGAAGAGUCAAACCUAUGAGCCCUCCUGGAGAAAUCCGCUGUGCAGCGUGGCGGAAAACUCUUGUCUGCGAGAACUCAAUAGGCUUUUCAGACAUUAUCGUCCUUCAGUCUCUCAUUUUACUCGUACACUUAUGAAGGUUAGUUGUAGCAUGUCUGUAUUUUAUUACCCAUGGAUUGAAUUAAUAUAUAGUGUUACUGUUUGUAAAUAUUCCAUAUUCUUUGUCGCUUUCUUUGCCCAAAUUGCAGUUUUGGAAAACUCGCGCCACCUUCUUAACCACUUAAAUAAGGAGCUAAAACAAACCACGACUUGGUCGCUCCCGUUUUCAGGCGCUUUAGGUAGUUUGGUUUUUCCUUAGAGUUUUCAUUGGCUCUUUAAGGUAUCUUUCUCUCUUCUGAUUGGUUGUUGUGAUUUCUCUGGUGUUUUCACUAACAGUUAAGUUCGAUAUUGCCCUCCUGUUUUGAAUUUAGUGCGAAAAUAAAUAACUUGAAGGCAAUCUUAACAAGUCAGCGAGAGAGGACACACUCGCUUAGAAAGAAAGGUGAUAGCAGAACGUUCCUCAGAGCAUCGAUGCUAAAGAAGAGCGGUUUUUGAUCGAGAGUGGUAAAACCAAAACCAGAGUAAUCACAAAGGCCAAUCAGAAGAAAGGAUAUUACUCUUCGGGCCAAUGAGAAGUCAAGGUAAAGAGAGACCAGCUCACUAUUGGUUUAGCUUUGUAUCUGAUUGGUUGGGAAAGUGGCGCGAGUUUCUAGCCAAUCACGUGACGAAGUAAAUAAAAAAACAAAGCAAUGCCGAUUACUUUUGACACUCGAUGGAAAAUUGCUCUACUGCGAUGCGGUCUUUUUUAAAUUGUAAUCGUUUGUUUGUUUUUUUAAUAUUUUUCCUAGUUAGCCCAUCUGCUUGAAAAUUCCAAAGCGUCAAGAGGCGGCAUUUAUGAUGUCAAACGAGGGAGCGCCAGUGACAAGCAACUUAGAUGGGAAGAGAAAAAGGUGGGAAAAAACUGGAAUACAAAGAGAAGAAAUCGGGGUCGUGGAAGGGGCGGAAGAAAAGGUCCGCGAAAAAAGUCCAAUUUUAAUCCGAGAAAAGGGAGAGGUGGAAAAAGGCCAAGAUAG